AUGGGCUCCAUCGCCCAGCCGUACAAGAGCCGCCGCCGCCUCACCGGCGACGGAAGCGGUGGCGCCAACAGCACAUCGGGCACGGAAAUGGACUACGAGGCGCUCAUCAUCGGCGGCGGGUUCGGGGGCGUCUACGCGCUGCACCAGCUCCGCCGGCUCGGGCUGCGCGCGCACAUCGUCGAGGCCGGCGCCGCGCUCGGGGGCGUGUGGCACUGGAACCGGUACCCCGGCGCGCGCGUCGACUCCGAGGCGCCGUACUACCAGCUCUCGGUCAAGGAGGUGUGGAAGAACUGGGCGUGGUCGCAGCGGUUCCCCGGGCACGAGGAGAUCAAGCGGUACUUUCGGCACGUGGACGCUGUGUUGGACAUCUCGCGGGAUGUGAGCUACGGGACUGUUGUUGUUGGGGCUGAUUUUGACGAGGAGACGGGGUUGUGGAGCGUUGAGACGGAUAAAGGGCGGAUGAUCACGGCGAGGUUUCUGAUUCCGGCGACGGGGAGCUCGAAUAAGCGGUACGAACCGAGUUUUGCGGGUAUGGAGGAUUUCGAAGGGGUCGUGGUGCACUCGGCGUCGUGGCCGGAGGGGGGCAUCGACUUUCGGGGGAAGAAGGUUGCGGUGAUCGGGGCCGGGGCGACUGGGGUGCAGUGCGUGCAGGAGAUUGCGAAAGCGGACGGCGUCGAGCUGACGGUGUACAUUCGCAACCCGAACAUUGCGCUGCCGAUGGUGCAGCGGGAGAUGACGGAGAUGGAGCAGCGGCAGCUCAAGUCGGUGUAUGGGAUCCUCUUCAGGGCUGCGAGGGAGAGCAUGCCGGGGCUGCCGUGCGACGGGACGACGAAGGUGGCGGCGCAGGCUUCGGAGGAGGAGAGGGAGGCGUUCUGGGAGGAGCUGUGGCAUCGAGGGGGCUUCAACUUCCAGGCCGGGAACUAUGUGGACUACUUGAUCGACGAGAAGGCGAAUCGGUCCAUGUACGAGUUUUGGAAGAAAAAGACGGGGCCGAGGGUGCGGGAUCCGGCGAAGAGGGCGAUUGUGGUGCCGGAGGAGCCGCCGUUCCCCUUUGCGACGAAGAGGAGCAGCCUGGAGCAGGACUACUACGAGUGUCUUGACCAGGACAAUGUCGAGGUUGUAGGAGUGAAGAAGUACCCCAUCCGAAAGUUCUCGAAAAGGGGUAUCGUGACGGAGGAUGGGACGGAGAGGGAGCAUGAUAUUAUUUUGCUCGCGACGGGCUACGAUAACUCACCCACAGCUCUCACGAACGCUCCGCCCUUCAUCGAGCAGCAAGUCGAAUUCAUCACCGACUUCAUAGCCAAGCUGCGUAAUGAGAACGUCAAGUCCAUCGAGCCUCGGCGCGAAGCAGAAGAGCAGUGGAAAGAGUUGAUUCUAUCCAUGAACGAGGCAACUCUGUUCCGGAAAAACGACUCUUCGUGGUACCUCGGCGCCAACAUACCGGGUAAGCCGAGAGAACAGCUCAACUACGUCGGCGGCAUUCCGCCGUAUAUGAAAGCUUGCCGCGAAGGGACAAGCGACUGGAGGAAUUUUGAUGUUGUCAGGAUGGGUGGAGAGAAAAGCAUAGCCAAUGGCGAGGCUGCCAGGCCCCUGAAUUAG